AUGAAGGCGCACGGCAUUACUCGAGAAGCAUACCAAAACGUGCUUGGUCUGGAAUCGUCCACUGUUGCCGAAUACAACUCCAAGGCAGUCACUCGUGAACACAUCUUCCUUCAUGGGCCGCAGUACGCGAAAUAUCUGUAUUUUGACAAGUACCUUGAAUACGAGGGAAGCUCCAGCGACUUGAGGAAGUGGGCCCUGCGCCUCUUCAAGGUGAACGAGUAG